AGCCAGUUCGGCUCCAGCCUGUUUGGCUAGAGCCUGGUUGGCCCCUGUUCGUUGUUGAGGGCCUGGCUGCCCUGCCAUCUUUUCUGCCCUGUCCGCCCUUGGGACACACAGAACAGACUGAACAUGAGCCGCGCGGUGUUGCAGGUCUUCGAGGAGUACCAGAAGGCACGGGUCACCUUCGUGCAGACUGUUGCCGACUUGGCCACGCGCCCUCAGAACAUCGACGCAUUGCAGAAUGCGGGGGUCAUGGCCCUGCUGAGGCCCCUGCUCCUCGACAACGUCGCGUCGAUCCAGCAAUCCGCCGCCCUGGCGCUCGGGCGCCUGGCGAACUACAGCGACGAGCUAGCCGAAUCGGUGGUGACCCACGAGAUCCUGCCGCAGCUCGUCUACUCGCUCUCACAGCAGAACCGCUUCUACAAGAAGGCCGCCGCCUUUGUCCUCCGUGCGGUCUCGAAGCAUUCGCCGCAGCUCUCGCAGGCCGUGGUGGACAGCGGGGCGCUGGAGGCGCUCGUCUCCUGCUUGGAGGAGUUCGACCCCUCGGUGAAGGAGGCGGCGGCCUGGGCGCUGGGCUACAUCGCGCGCCACACGAAGGAGCUCGCCCAGACUGUGGUGGACGCCGGCGCAGUGCCGCUGCUGGUGCUCUGUUUUCAGGAGCCCGAGCUGACGCUGAAGCGCAUCUCCGCCUCCGCCCUCAGCGACAUUUGCAAGCACUCGCCCGAGCUGGCGCAGACCGUAGUCGACGCAGGCGCGGUGUCGCUCCUCGCGAGGGACAUCUCCCACAGUGACGCGCCGCUGAAGCGACAGGUGUGCUCGUGCCUGGCGCAGAUCGCCAAGCACUCGGUCGACCUGGCGGAGGUGGUCGUGGAGGCCGAGAUCUUCCCCCGAAUCUUGCACUGCUUGAAGGACAUGGACGAGUUCGUGCGCAAGAACGCGGCGACGUGCAUUCGAGAGAUCGCGCGCCACACGCCAGACUUGGCCAAACUCAUCGUCAACGCGGGCGGCGUGGCCGCUAUCGUCGACUACAUCACAGAGGCGCGCGGCAAUAACCGCCUCCCGGGCCUCAUGACGCUGGGCUACAUCGCGGCGUUCUCGGAGACUCUCGCGCUCGCGGUCGUGGUCUCCAAGGGUAUCCCCCCCCUGAAGGACGCCCUCAUCAACGAGCCUGAAGACCACAUCAAGGCUGCGUCGGCCUGGUCGUUGGGCCAGAUCGGCCGCCACAGCCCAGACCAUGCGCGCGCACUGGCCGAGGCGGACGUCCUUCGCCGCCUGCUGGCCGUGUACCUGCACCAGGACUCGAGCGAGGACCUGCAGACGAAGGCAAAGCGUGCCCUCAAGAGCGUCGUGCAGAAGUGCACGCACCUGCCCGCGCUCGAGCCGCUGCUCGAGGCUCCCCCGAACAUCCUGAAGUACGUGGUGCAGCAGUUCGCCAAGGUCCUCCCAAAUGACCUCAAUGCCCGGCGCACCUUUGUGCAGUCGGGUGGUUUGCAGAAGAUCCAAGAGGUGAAGGCGGAGGUCGGCUCGAAGCUCCACGACUACAUCGACGAGAUCAACAUGCUGUACCCCCCUGAGAUCGUGCAGUACUACUCCCCCAACUACUCCGACACCCUCCUCAAGAAGCUCGACGAGUUCAACCCCACCGGCUGAGCCGAGGGCUUCCGGCGAGUAUUCUCCACUCCUUCUCGUCUGUUUCCUCCCCGCUUCGUCCCGCCUCUGUGGUCGUCUCUCCUCGUGGGUUUUGCCUCUUCUUUCUCUUUGUCUUCAUCACCAUACUCCUCUUUCUUUGUGAAGCUCGUGCUGGAUUGCGCCUGCUUCUCCUUAAUGCAGGAGGAGCGCGACUACUUUUUCCAGCGAUCUCUGUGAACUGAAACCAAGCUUGGACGAGAGGCGCUAGUCUCCCGUGCGCCCGCCCUUACAGCGACUCUGGGCAAGGCGAGGCAAGGCAUGGCACUGCCAGUCAUAGUCUUGGCAGUCACGCAUAGUUCUCCUUCCCAUUCUCUGACAUGACGUUUCUUGCCUUCGCCCUGUGCUUUUCCCCCCCGUCCUCGACAGCGGCCCCUGCUGAGGCGACGAGUAAGAUAGAGCCGGUGUUAUGCUGUAUCGGCCCGUAUC